AUGGCAGACAGUCUGAAAGAUGUCGAGAAACUCGGGGCUGCCGACGCCUUGACGGAUUCACAAACCCCAAGCUCGAACUCACAAAUUAGUAAGGGUCGCGAAUCAUCAGAUGAAGAGCCGCAGAAGGAAGUGAGGAUGAUCACUGGCUUUAAGUGGAUCCUAGUUGUGACUGCUAUCCUGUCCAGCCAUAUGCUUUUUGCGCUUGACAACACCAUUGUGGCUAAUAUCCAACCUGCUAUUCUCAACCAAUUCCAAGAAGCUGACCAGAUUUCCUGGCUUUCUGUGGGAUUCUCCCUUACCUCCUCCGCACUGGUGCUGCCUUGGUCUAAGGCCUACGCAACCUACAAUGCCAAAUGGCUCUAUAUUGGGUGCGUUAUUCUUUUCAUGGCAGGCUCGGCUCUUUGUGGUGCUGCCCCAAACAUGAACGGGAUGAUUGUCGGACGAGCUAUGGCUGGCGCUGGAGGAAGUGGUAUGUACUUCGGCGUCUUGACCCAGCUGUCCGUGAAUACAACCGUAUCUGAACGUCCAUUCUACAUUGGUUUGACUGCCGUUUCGUGGGGUAUCGGAACUGUCACCGGCCCAGCCAUUGGAGGAGCGUUCGCCGAAAGCGCCGCGACCUGGCGUUGGGCCUUCUACAUCAACCUGGUCGUCGGAGCAGUUUUUUCCCCAGUCUACGCAUUUCUCUUGCCCUCCUUCGAGCCCAUGCCCAAUGCAACCCCGAAAGAGAAAGCUAGGAAUAUCGACUGGGUCGGCAUUGUCUUGUUUGUCGGUGCGCUGGCUACGUUGAUCAUGGCUAUCGACUUUGGCGGAGUGGAAUGGAGUUGGGGCAGCGGUUCGUCCAUUGCACUGUUCGUGGUGUCCGGCGUUCUGUUCGUCGUCUUUAGUGUUCAGCAGACUUUCUACAUUCUCUGCAACGAGGAGAACAGACUGUUCCCGAUCCAUUUCCUCAAGAGGCGUUCACUGCUACUUCUGUUUAUCCUUAACACCUGUGCCAGCAGCGGGUUGUUUAUUUCAGUGUACUACAUUCCCCUGUUCUUCCAAUUUACUCAGGGUGAUACUGCAGUCCACUCCUCGCUGCGUAUUCUACCCUUCGUAAUGGUGCUCAUCUUCGCCAUCAUCGCAAACGGCCACAUGAUGUCCAAAUUCGGUUAUUACCUUCCAUGGUACCUCCUUGGUUCCAUUUUCGAACUCGUCGCCGCUGCUUUAAUGUACACCGUCAAAAAAGAUACCUCUGCCAGCGCGAUCUACGGAUACACCUCUCUUAUGGCCCUCGGUGUUGGCGCAUUUAACCAAGCAGGAUACAGCGUUGUCCAGGCUAAAGUCAAGAAGACCGAGAUCCCAUGGGCCCUUGGCUUCAUGAUGGUUUCUCAACUGGGAGGCAUCGUCUUAGCACUGGGUAUGGCCGGCGCUAUCUUCGUGAACAAAGCAACGACGGGCCUAAUCAACUUGCUUCCGAACGCCGAUACCACAGACAUCAAGAACACAAUUGGCGGAACUGCAAGUGGAUUCUUCAGCACGUUGACUAAGUCAGAGCAGUCCGCGGCGUUAGAUGUUAUUGUCGAUGCUAUUGACUAUGUUUAUAUCCUGCUUAUUGUUGCCGGUGGCAUAGGUGUUCUUCUCUCGGUGUUCUUGAAGCGCGAGAAGCUCUUCAUGGAGGUGGCUGCUGGUGGUGCUUAA